AAAAGAAUCCAAAAUCAGAUUGAUUCCAUCAAACCGUCUGGAUCGGAUUUCCUCCUUGGUUUUCUCUCUUUUCUUCUUCUCUACAUAAUUCUUUUCUUUGACCAUUUACUUCACCCCCAACACUUUUUCUAGGGUUCCUUUCAUCUUCUCCUCUCUACUAUUCUCUCUUCCUUUUCCAUCAGCUCUGAAACCUCUCAGAUGGCCAAUUUCCCUUCCUCUUCCUCUUCAUUAUCUGACAACCCAAUCAUAUCAGCAGCCGCUGCUGAUGCUUCUUCUUCGGGAGCUGCUGUUGACGAUGCAUUCGACGAUGCUUGCAGUAUCUGCCUCGAGCCUUUCACUUCUCAAGACCCGCCCACUGUCACCAGCUGCAAACAUGAAUAUCAUCUUCAAUGUAUUCUUGAAUGGUCACAGAGAAGCAAAGAGUGUCCAAUAUGUUGGCAGCUUCUUGUCCUGAAGGAUCCUGCUGGCCAAGAACUUCUAGCUGCUGUUGAGACUGAGAGGUGUUUAAGGUCAAGAAACACAUCUUCUGCUGCAUCCACAAACCUAACCCAUUUUCAUGAAGAUUUUGAUAUAGAACAGGAUUCCUAUUCAGAUGACUCAGAUUUCGAUGAGCAUAUUAUGCAGCAUCUGGCAGCUGCUGCAAGCAGAGCUCAUUAUAUCCGCAGAAGGGAGAGGCAGAGAUCUUCUGGACAGGGUCCCUCGCAGUUUCUCAUCUUUAACUCGCCUACAAAUGUACCCAGUGCUCAGCAAACACACAGGUCUACUGAAGAAGGCCAAGAUGUAUAUAGUGGGUUUUCAGAGGGCAAUUCGCCAAUUCAUCUCAUGCCACCACAAGCUCUGCCAUCUGUGGUCCCUCCUGUUGUGAAUGUGGUCUCUAGUAAUGCUGUAAACAGAGACAUUCCUUCCAAACCCAGAGUUUUCAUUAGACCACCAUCAACUGAUGCUCCCCAAACAUCUUCCGAGGUGUCAUCUUUCUCAGAGUCCAUUAAAUCUAAAUGGGUUGCUGCUUCAGCCAGAUACAAGGAGUCGUUCUCUAAAAGUACUCGAGUUAUGAAGGAGAAGCUACUUGCACGUAAUAAUUCAGUUAAGGAGCUUAGCAAAGGAGUUCAGAGGGAGAUGAGUGCAGGUAUUGCUGGUGUCGUGCGAAUGAUUGAGCGGCUAGAUGUUACCUCGAAACGAACUGAAGCCACCAGUCAAGUUUCUGAUUUGAGGCCAGGAGCUUCAGACCUCUCUUUGAAGGGAAAGGGCAUGCAAGAAAACAUUAAUGCUCAGGCGAUUGACAAAAAAAGUGAGGAAAUUGCACAUGCUGCAAGCAUGGAUGUUUCUUCAACUGUCCCAGGUCAAUUGGAAGUUCCGCACGUACAGAGAGGUCAUUGAUCCUGUGGAGAGCUCAAACUUGGAUGUUUAAUUGUGUUUUACCAGGUCUUUUAAGAAUGCGGCAAAUGAUGCAAGUGACGUGUUGUGAAUAAACCAAUUUGCCUGUUGGUUUGCGUCCUGCAUUGCCUAUUUAUGCACAGUAAGGACCUUGGUAGUAGGAAUUACUUUACCAGCAAAAAAAAAAAAAAAAAACUAUUUUGUUUUGUCAUGAACUCUUUGAGACUAAAGAUGAAUGAAGGUGUUCUCCCCCAUCUUGCAGUUUUCAUAACAGAUAUCCUACUCUGGUUGUUUGCUUA